CACGCCCAUGACUCCUCCCACUGGUACAAUGGCUUCCAACAGAAUUCAACAGCUCAACGCUUUGCUCAACAAUCCCCGCUAUCGCACGCUCCUUUCUCUGGUCAAGGCUUUCAGGAAUGGACUAAUGUACGGAGUUAAAAUCAGGUUUCCACAUUCAUUGGUCAUGACAUUCCUCUUCCAUGAGGGAAGUUUAAAGGAGAAGUUCCGCUUUAUACUAACAGCAACAGCUCAGCAUGCAAAGAACCUAGCAUUCUUUGCAUUGGUCUACAAGUCUAUCUCUUUGCUGUUGAAUAAACUAAGAGGAUCGACUCAUCCAGUUCAUAACUUUAUUGGUGGAUUGAUGGGAGGAUAUUUAGUGUUUGGGACUAAUAAUAAAGUCAAUAUGCAGAUCAAUUUAUAUCUAUUAUCAAGAGUUACGAUUGGUUUAGCUCGACUUGCAGUCAAAAAGCAGCUAAUACCUGAGCCACAAUUCAAUACUUUUCCACUUUUUGCUGCCAUAGUCUGGGGACUAGCAUUGACGCUAUUUGAAUACCAUACUGACGUUCUACAGCCAUCACUACAGAACUCAAUGACAUAUCUCUAUCGUGACAGUACUGUCUGGAGUAAUAUCGCUGAUUUCUUAUUCUAUAGCAGUGCUGAAUUGUGGUAGAGAAGUGUUGGGAUUCAAAAAUUAUUUUUAAUAUUUAUUGUGUCUAAAAAUAAUAAUAAUUUCUACAAAAAUACACUCUGGAA